AUGUGGCUCGGAGACUUGAGGAAUGACCCUGAUGCUAGGGUAAAAGUGUUCCUAAAGAGGAUUGAGUGUAACAGGAAACUGAGAAAUCUGUCUCUGAAAACAAGAGAGAGGAGGUGGUGCGCGUGCAUUCGUCCAGUCACAGUUGGUGUUGUUUAAAAUAAAACGCCCACCGGAAGUGUUAGCAGCGUCACUGCCGAGGUGUCUGCAUCCAUGAUUACUAGCUUUAUGAACAUCUCAAGAAGAUUCUUCACGUUGAACUGCAGCUUGAUACGGUUUAAUCUCCUCCCAAACACUGCCCUCAACAGAAAACCUCAUUACCGAAAAGCAACCUUUGCUCAACAUUCUUCCAUUUGUCAUCCAUUUCGCAUCCCUGCUUCUGUUCUUUCUUCUCGUUUUUUCUCACACCCUCCUUCCUCCAUGGAUUUAAAGACAGUCCUGGAUGUUCUUGAGCGGCUUGCACCACUCUCCUUGGCUGAAUCUUGGGAUAAUGUUGGCCUCUUGGUGGAACCGAGCAAACAACGUCCAAUCAAGACGAUCGUCCUCACCAACGAUCUCACAGCUGACGUUAUGGACGAAGCUGAAGCGGCGAUGUGUGACCUCAUCGUUUCAUAUCACCCGCCUCUUUUCCGUCCUUUCAAGCGACUUGUACAGAAGGACUGGAAACAGCAAUUGGCCAUCAGAGCUAUAGAAAGCGGUAUAGCUGUCUUCUCUCCGCAUACGUCGUGGGAUAGCGUGAAAGACGGCCUGAAUGAUUGGUUGAUAGAAGGCAUAGGUAGGGGACAAGUGACGGUGUUAAGACAGGCUCUCUGUAGCGCAUAUCAAAAUCACAGACUGGAGUUCUCAGCAAAAAAUCAAGAGGAGCUUGAAAAAAUCUUGACUGAGUUGAGAAAGACAGAAAAUAGUGACACCUUUCAGUACAACAUACUUCGGACUGAACGAGAGCUACAGCAUGUGAUCCUGAACUGUCCCAGCUCAGAACUGACACCUGCUGUUCAGGUCAUAUUAGGAAAUGCUACAGCCAGCCAGUCUCUUAACAUCACACAGCCCCAGCAGCCACCGUUACUAGGCUGCGGUCAAGGUCGGCAUGCUGUGUUGGAUGAGCCGAUAUCUGUAGCUGAGGCGCUCCAGAGAAUGAAGAAACACCUCGGCCUGCCUUACCUUAGACUGGCUCUGGGAAAUCACAGAACAUUGGAUUCUGAAGUGAAGAGUGUAGCUGUGUGUGCUGGCUCAGGAGCUUCAGUCCUGCAGGGUGUGAAAGCAGACCUCUACAUCACUGGUGAGAUGUCUCAUCACGAGGUGCUGGAUGCUGUCUCUAAAGGCACAAGUGUGAUUCUGAGUGAGCACAGUAACAGCGAGAGGGGAUUUCUCACUGUGUUUAAGGAGCGUCUGUCUGCACAUCUUACAGACUCCGUCACCAUAAUCAUCUCAAAAAAAGACAAAGACCCUCUGCAGGUCAUGUGAUCGUAUUAUGUCAUGCUCAUCACACUGUGCAAAAAAAAGUUGCACCUUUUCAGAUAAGUACACUGCGAUUUCUGGAUUGCAAAAUGAUUAAAAAGAAAUAAACCU